GGGACUUUAUUCAGCUCUCGUCUCGUCCUGCUUCUACUACUAGCUUUCGUUCUUUAAAGCUACACUUCUCAAGUAUCUCUCUUUCUCUUCUUAGCUUAAGCUAAAUCCAAGUUUGUAGAGCUUCUGAUCCAGUUACUCUCGGGCCUACAGUCUUUUUACGAAAAUUUCCGGCGAAGUUUGGCCGGAGGAUGGCAUAUAUGUGCGCGGAUAGUGGAAAUCUAAUGGCAAUCGCUCAACAAGUUAUAAAGCAAAAGCAACAGCAAGAGCAACAACAACAGCAACACCACCAUCAGCAGCAACAGCUCCUUGGUCUCAAUCCCUUUUCUAUAAACCCUUGGCCCAAUACGCACCAUGCCGUUUCCAACGCCCCCAAUCUCGGGUACGGGCUUUCCGGACCUGGUUUUGCCGACCCGUUUCAGGGAGAUACUGGAGAAGGGUUUCAGUUUCCAAACAUCGAGCAUCAACCAGUGGGUUUGGUUCCGGAUUUUUGUGGUGGUGCGGGUGGUGAGUUUGACUCGGACGAGUGGAUGGAUAGCCUAAUGAACAGUGGGUAUCAACGGAUGUUGAAUCUGCCGUCUGGUUGUGAGGCGUGGCAGAAAGGCGAUUUUGGUCUCUACGGUGCCGAUCCCUUUAGUGCUUCGAACCGUCUCAGCGUGACGUGCUCUCCGCCGUCUGAUCUGAACCGAGUGAUUUUCUCAACAGAAGUACAGAAAAACCCUAACACUCUUCAAGCACAGCCUCAGUUACCUACGUGGGCCCCAUCCCCUCCACCUCCUCCUCCUCAAGUGACCGUUAAAGAAACCAAAACAAGUACUCCUCCGAGCCAAACGCCAUCCAUAAACGACGUCGUAGGCGUCUCAUCUACCUCUCCCGAGGCCGAGUCAGCCCCGCUUUUAAAAGCGUUACUCGACUGUGCCAGACUAGCCGAGUCGGAGCCUGGCGCGAUUAAAUCACUGAUUCGACUCAGGGAAUCAGUAUCAGAAUGCGGUCCAACUGAAAGAGUGGCUUUUUACUUCACCGAAGCUCUCCAUAGCAGAGUCUCGCGUCAAGCUGAGAAAAGAUUGACUAUUCUCGAUACGACGUCGGAGGAGUUCACUCUCUCUUACAAAGCUUUAAACGACGCGUGUCCGUACUCAAAGUUUGCUCAUUUAACGGCAAAUCAAGCGAUUCUCGAAGCAACGGAGAGAGCCAGUAAGAUUCACAUAGUGGACUUUGGAAUUGUUCAAGGGGUUCAAUGGGCUGCUCUUUUGCAAGCGUUAGCUACCCGCUCUGCUGGAAAACCGACCCAAAUCCGAAUCUCGGGUAUACCCGCUCCGGUUUUGGGAAAAUCUCCAGCAUCUUCUCUUUAUGCUACUGGUAAUCGUCUCCGUGACUUCGCGAAGCUCCUGGAUUUGAAUUUUGAGUUCGAACCGAUUCUAACUCCAAUUGAGGAGCUUAACGAGUUGAGUUUCCGGGUUGACCAGGAUGAGAUAUUGGCUGUAAAUUUCAUGCUUCAAUUGUACAACUUGUUAGAUGAAGCUCCGGUCACUGUAGAAACCGCUCUCCUGUUGGCUAAAUCUUUGAACCCGAAAAUUGUGACAUUGGGUGAGUACGAAGCGAGUUUGAAUCGAGUUGGGUUCGAGAACCGGUUUAAGAAUGCAUUAAGGUAUUACUCAGCCGUGUUCGAAUCGUUGGAACCGAACUUGCCUCGCGACUCACCAGAGAGAAUCCAAGUUGAGAGACUAUUACUUGGUCGAAGAAUCGCGGGGGUUAUUGGACCUGAAGAAGUGGAAAAACGGAGGGAACGGAUGGAAGAUAAAGAACAAUGGAAGAAUUUAAUAGAAAGUGCAGGUUUUGAAACGGUAGCCCUUAGCCAUUACGCGAAAAGUCAAGCGAGAAUUCUGUUGUGGAAUUACAAUUACAGCUCUUCGUAUUCACUGAUUGAAUCCCAACCUGGAUUUCUCUCUUUAGCUUGGAAGGAGGUGCCUCUACUCACGGUUUCAUCGUGGCGUUGAUGAUUUGUGGGAUCUUCGGCUUCACAGUUGUAAAAUUUUCCACCUGGUAAUUUUUCUCUAGUGUGGAAUGGAACAGAUUUUGAUCUGGGAAGACUCUGGGGCCUCAGCACAGUGAAACAGUGGUAAUAUUUUAAGGGCCAAUUGAGAAGCUUUUUAGGGUUAUUUCCAUGGUUAUAUUAAUUUUUUUCAUUUUGAUUUUGAUCUUAGAUUUUUCUUUUGGUUAUUUUAGUUCUGGGUUCUGUUUUUGUUGGGGUUUUUUUUCUUUUAUGAACAGGUUUGGAACUUUCAGCAUGACAAAAAUUGUAACAUAAGGGAAAAUGAAAUUCGAGAAGAACUUUUCCCGUAGGGUGUCUAGCAACUUUGCACUGUAUAUAAAUUUGAAACCUUUUGAUAUGGUUUAUUUCUUUUUCCUUUCCUCGUUUCA